UAAAACAUCUAAUCAGUGUUAAUAAAUUAAAUAUAAACGUAAAUAAUAUAUAAAGCGUGCUUGUGUAUACUAUAAUUUGUGGUAUUUAUGUUAAUUAAUGCGCAGUCAUUAAUAUAAUUAUGCCAACUCCGUUAAUGGACGAGAUUGAACCGAAGGAGCCUGCGACAGAUUUCAUCUAAUACUCACGUGGUGCAUGUCGUUUUUGUUAAAAAUGGGUGUUAAGAAGCAUUCUGAUAAAGCUGAUGAUUCUAUAAUAUCCAGCUCCAAACUUGCAUCGAAGAAGAAAAGUGACAAAGAUUCAUCUUUUGCUGCUAAUGAUUCAAUUUCCAAGAAGAAAAAGAGUGAUAAAGAUUCAUCUUUUGCUGCAAAUGAUUCAUUUUCAUUGAAGAAAAAAAGUGAUAAAGAUAAAUCUUUUGCUGCAAAUGAUUCAAUAUCUAAGAAAAAAAGUGAUAAAGAUACAUCUUUAGUUGCAAAUGACUCAUUUACAACGAAAACUCCAAAAUCUAGUAAAAGUACCAAGACACCAAAGUCUUCUAAGAAGUCAAUCUCUGAAGAUACUCUCAAUAUCUCAAAGAAAGCAAAAAAGUCACAAACAGUAGAAAUCAAAACCGAUGAUACAGAUUCGUCAGAGAAUGAAAUUUUCCAACCGAAACAAAAAAAUAAGAAAUCUAAAAAAGAUAAAGCCAAAGAGGUAGAACCACCUGUUAGAGAUGUCGAAUUGGAGAAGCACGAGGAAUCAUCAGAGGCUGUGGGAGAAUAUUGGCCUGAGGCGGAUUUGAAUGAAUUGUUUACGCAGAUUGAAAAUGUUUUACCUAAGAAUGAUAACAUGAAUUUUAAAACGAGGGCUGAUGGACUGGAUUGGGAGAAGAUAGCCUUCAAAAUGUACUCUGCACAAGAUUGCAGAAUUAUGUGGGAAUCAAUUUCGAAGAAACUUAGAGGCUUCAGACUUCUGCAGGAACUGUUAGAUGAUGCUAAAGUCUGGAGCAAAACACCAUGGCGAGAUUAUCAUAAGAAGAACAAGUUGCAUCCUGAUAUGCCUAAAAAACCACCCACAACUUACAUGUUGUACUUUAAACAAGUUUAUGAGAAGUACAAAAAGAAAAAUCCAAAUGACAAUGUGACAGAUUUGACCAAAAAAAUAUCAGAAAAGUACCGUAAUCUUUCUGAGGACAAGAAGGCUAAAUAUACCAAAAUGUAUGCUGAAAGCAAAGCGAAAUAUGAAACCGAUCUGGACAAUUUCUACAAAAAGCAUCCAGAUUUAAAGCCUGCUAGUAGAUCCAAAGGCUCUGCAAAAGUUACAAGCGGCGAUACUGAUCCAUCAGACGGAGGAGAGGGUAGUUCUGAGACAGUUAAAACAUCGAAGAAGGGUGCUAAAUCUGGACAACCUACAAAACCUUUGGCACCGUUCAGAUUAUUCUUUGAAGACAUGUUGAGGAAAGAAAAUAGAGGGGAUGUUGAUAAAGCAAGCUUCCAGUCCAACUGUCGAGAGAUUUGGAAUAAAAUGAAUGAUGAAGAGAAAGGAGUUUGGAUUAAUUUGUCUGUGAAGAAUGAAGACAAAUAUAAAGAACAACUAGAAACCAUGAAGUCCGAAAAUCCUGAUUCCACACCCGCUCAGCGCUUCAAAUCCUGUUUGACAAAAGACGAAAUCAUCAUAAGGGAUAGGUUGUUGGGAAAGCCUGAUAAGCCUCCAAAUUCUGCGUAUACGUUGUUUAGUACAAUGUUGUUGAAUUCUGAGGAGCUGAAAAUGUCGUUACCAAAAGACAGGAUGCUUUUGAUUUCUCAACAGUGGAGGAGUUUGGAUCCUAAAGAGAAGAAGGCUUAUGAGGAUCGUGUUAUAAGUUUAAAAGAAGCAUACAAAGUCCAGUAUGCAGAGUAUCUUAAUUCCCUGUCACCUCAGAAGCGUAAAGAAGAAUUAGAAGAUAAGAAAAAAAAUACUAGUAAGAAACAUAAACUAGAUGAAGAUGCAAAUGACAUUGACGAGGUGGAGGAAGUUAAUAACACUAAUGCCAAGAAGAAGGUGAAAUUGGAGAAAGUGGAGAAGCUGAACAUGAAGCUGUAUGAUGGAGAACCUGAGGCACCACCUAACCACCCUUCGAUACUUUUUGCAAAAACGUAUCGGGGCAACGAAUCAACGGCGCAAGCCGCCUGGAAAUCCUUGUCGGCAAAAACUCAAAACAAAUACAAAAAAAGACUCGAAGAGAUGAAACAAAAAUACAUGACAGAGUAUGAAGAGUUUCUGAAAAAUCUGGACGAGGAUCAAUUGCAAGACUAUUCUAAAUUCAUACAAGUUCGUGACGGUGUUGCAAGUUCAAGCCUGGAAACCAGCAGUGAUUCGAGCGAAGAAGGAAGUGAUUCUUCAUCGGAUGAAGAGGAUGAGGAUCCAAAACAGAUUCCAAAGUCUGUCAUAAUGGAAUCUGAUGACCCAGAAUCCGAUUCAAGUUCCUCAAGUGUUGAUGAUGAUGACUAGUAUUAAAGAUAAGUUAUUAUUUUACAUACCGAGUACAAAAUUUAUUUAUGUAUAUAUGAAUUAACUAGAUACUUAUUUUUUUAUAUAUUUUACACC